AUAAUCUCUUCAAGCACAACCGAUUGCUUUCUCACAUAUAGAUUCCGCCUGGUAUACCUACAGACUCGCUAAACAUUUGACACAAUGUCUGGCUCAACAACCCCCAAAACUACUACUACAAAAGCCAGUCAGCGGCCAAUUUCGCGAACAGAAAGCUCAAAUCCGCGAGCAUUCCAGAUCAACCAGCUCAGACGACGCUUCCGGCCCACAGAGAGCAAUGAUGAAUCGGGAACCACAUUAUCCUUCGAAUUAAUCCCCUCAGACCCGGACUUCCCAUUCGAACUGGAGCGCUUGCAAUGUGCCCUGUAUGUUCCCUUGACAUAUCCCGCGCGUGGAAGGCCUUCUCUCAAAGUGGCGAACCCUGAGAUAGGAGCCGCAUUCCAGGAGAAUAUCUCACGGGGGUUUGACGACAUCGUUGAUAGUUCACUGAGGAUGGGUGGGCGUGGUACCCUUCUCAACUACAUGAACAGUCUUGACCGACACCUGGAGCGUUUGCUUACUACCACUGAACGGGGUCCGACACUCAAGUUUGUCCAGAAUGCCAGGAAAGAGGAGUCCAGCAAAACUCUAGUGGACAAUAUGAAUUCACUAGCAUUGGCCCAAGGAGCCGAAUCAAGGCGAGACGGGAGCCCAGCGCCAGUGACGGCGCCGUCACCGGCACCGGCUGAAGUCCGCCCUGUUUAUACGGCGGAAGAGCGAGCUCAGGCUGAAAGGCGAAGAGCAGUCGAGACGAAGCAGCUUGAAGCACGUCUUCAAAGGUUGCCGCUGUUCCAGAAAGCCAGAGACAGCCUUUCGUUUGUCAUACCCGUCCAGCCCACGAAGGUUGAUCGGCUUCCAAUUGCGCUCAGACCAGUCAAGACAGUCAAGCUUUCCGUCCCCUUGUUAUAUCCGCUUGAGCCUAGUUCUAUUGAGAUACAAGGCAUUCAUGGCAAUGAGGCGCGCGCGGUUGAAGCUGGUUUCUCACAAUGGUUGAAAGAUCACUUGCAUCUGAACUUAGUGUCUCAGGUUAAUCACCUAGCGAGCAAUAUCCAUAACUUCGCGAAGACCGUGGUCACAGAGCCUGACGAGCCCAAGCAACCUGAACUGGAAACCAAAGUAUUGGAAGAACCACAACCUCCUGUGGAAGAUCAUUCUGGUACUAAUGAGGACAAACCUCAUAUCCAUGUGAUUCAGCGGCCUCCGGAAUGGACUGUCAGUAAUGGUGCAAGUGGCAGCGAAGAAACGGAUAUCACCACGACGGAAGACGACUGCUCGGACGAUGAGACGGAUGGUGGUGCGCCGGUUCCAGAUCUGCCAGAGCCUGCUACGGAACAUGGAGUUGCACUUUCAUUUCCGUUCCUGGAGCUCUACGGCAUUGAGCUUCUUGAGCUUGUUGGUCUUUACAUUACGGUCAAAUGUGACAGGUGCAAAGAACAGCUGGAUGUAAGGAAUAUACCUCAGACCAAGGACAGCAGCGGCGUACUAUCUCCAAAGGUCGAGGUUUGCAAAAAAUGCACAAACCCUAUGAGUUUAGGGUUCCGUCGAUUGUUGAUGCACCCCAACUCUAACCGUGCAGGCUACCUGGACCUGGACGGCUGCACAGUAGUGGAUCUUCUGCCUAGCGGAUUCAUCCCAACGUGCGCGGAGUGUUCGACCCCAUUUCCAGGACCAGGGGUAGUCGCAGUCCGAGGGGAGAGCGCCAUGGCCAACUGCCGCCAAUGCCAUCGUAAAUUAGUGUUCAAAAUUCCUGAAGUGAAAUUCCUCAAAGUAGGAUCAGCAGCAUUCACGUCACGAGAACGUGCUCCAGCGCGAAAAAAGCCAAAGGAAGUUCUUGGUAUCGUGGCAGGCCAGGAACUACCCCGACGCGGUCGAUGCAUGCACUAUAGCAAAAGCUACCGCUGGUUCAGAUUCAGCUGCUGUCAGAAAGUCUUUCCUUGUGACAAAUGCCACGAUGCAGCCACAGACCAUCCAAACGAGCACGCAAACCGCAUGAUCUGUGGCUUUUGUUCUCGCGAACAAAUAUACCGUCCUGAGAACUGCGGUAUCUGUCGCUCAUACCUAAUUGGAAAAGCAGGGAGCGGGUUCUGGGAAGGAGGAAAGGGGACCAGGAAUAAGACCCUGAUGAGCAGGAAAGACCCUCGGAAGUACAAGCGCCGGCCAGGUUCUACGCCUGGGGGUACCAGCUCUUCAAAAAAGAAGUAAAUGAAAACCGCCACAGGGAGAUUACAGUCUUGGAGGAUAUUGUUUAAAUAAAGC